AUUAAUUAAUAAAAUUCUGAAGUGGAAAGGGGAAAAAACCAAAAAGAAAUAAAUUUUCCGCUCUAAAUAAUGCGCUCCUCCAACUAAAACCUCGACUGAGACUCUCUCAGACCAUUAUCAUCUCUUACUCUCUCUCUCCAGCUAUUCUCUUUCUCUCUCUUCCCUCAUCUCUUUCUCUCUCCUCUAAACAUGCAGCGGCAAUCGUUAGGCUCUCCUGUCAGAGGAGCAGUAUUAUCCAAAGACGACGCCGCUUCAAUUUCCGACGACCUUAAACGACGCGAAUCAAUUCCGUCCUCACUUUCCGGCGACGAUGACGACGAAAUUAAGCCGGAAAAACCUCUCCGAUGUCAUUCUCAGCCUGAGAAAUUUGUUCAUCUCAUUCCUAUCCUCAUUCUUCUCUGCUUCUUCAUCUUAUAUCUCUCCUCUCACGAUCCUUCUACCAAAGAGUUGGCGCAGUUUAAUCUGUUCAAUCAACCAGAGAAAUUCAUAGAUUCGACCGACAUUGACGACAUUGGAAGAGCUGAUAAUAAAUUAAAAGGAAACGGCGUAUUUGCGAUACGAAGCUUACGGAAUUUGCAAGAGGAAGUUGAAGAUGACGACAUUCCGAAAUUACGUUCUCAUCGGAAACUCGGCGAUUUUUAGUCGCACGUGUGAAGAAGGAAGCUCAUCGUCAAUAUUCCGCACGUAUACACAUCCCGGUAGAAAAUUCGCUGAUUUUAAUUAAAUUUUUUAAUUUAAUGUUCAAUUAUUUGUUCCAUUUUCAUAUAUUGCAGAAGAAAAAAAAUGAAGCAUAAUGUAAUUUGAUACUACUGGAUAUAUAGGCAGUAUUUCUGUACAAAUAAAAUUCGUCCUCUGCUUUCAAUAAAUAUCUAAAUCUACCGACAAAAAAAAAAGCUAAAAUGCGCAAGAGAGGAGGCGCAAUGUAGAUAAAGGUGCGCCGGAGAUGAGUGGUUGGAGUCCAGCUGGGGGGGAUGGAGAUGGAGCCGUUACUCUGAUGACCUUGGAGUGCGGUUUAAUGAGUUGGAGUUUGGGUCUGCCAACCUGGAAAGUUAUUUAUCUUUUUUACGGAUUUUAAGUACAGAGUAAUUCUAUUUUUACAGUGUCUAUUCGGCUUGCCUAGCCUUGUAGUGCUUGUAAUUCCGACCCAAUUUACUCCUCUCAUUUUCCUUCGUGUUCUUAUUGUUUAACUUUUCCAUUAUUCAUAUGUACAACUCAUACUGAUUUUGAUUAGAGGCGGUGGCAAAUUAAUUUGGGUUCCA